AAAAAAAUAACAAUAAAAGCAGCUGACACAUUGACUCCAAAAUCCAAAUGUUAAAAUGUUGACUUAAUAAUAAUUAUAAACAUAGUAAAUUAAAUAUUUAAAAUAAAGUAAAUAAUAUAAUUAAAAAAUGGCUACAAGAAAUUUAACAGAGCCAUUUGUGCUUAUGAGAAAUAAUGCACUUCAAAGCAAGCAUUUUUCAGCUGAUCAAAACAUGUCUGAUAAAAUGGCACUUGUUAAUUCCGAUAAUCAAGGAUCUGAAAGUGUUGAACUUGCUGGAUUUGACAGUUCUGACACAACACCUCCUGCAUGGACUGAUGCCCUUGAAGAAACUCAAUAUAUUUUAAGUAGAUUAAAACAUAAAAUAGGUAAUUUAAUUGAACUUCAAGCUAAACAUUUAACCCGACCAACACUGGACGAUACAUCUCAGGAAGAAAGACAAAUGGAACAAUUAAUACGUGAAAUAAGUAGAGCAUUUUCAAGUGGUCAUAGACAAGUACAAAUUGUUAAAAAUGCUGGAAGACAUGAAAAAAGACCAGCUGAUCGACAGCUAGCAAUGAGUGUUGUAUUAGCACUUUCAUCAGCACUUCAAGAAUUAGGAUUUAAAUAUAAAUCAGCUCAAAAUAAUUAUUUACAACAAAUAAAUUCUCGAGAAGAAAGAAAUAGACCAUUUUUUGAAGAAGAUCAAAUGUUUUUUCCUGAUAAUUCAAAUGACAGUUGGACAACUGGUACAAAUUAUAAUGAUAAUAAUACUGAACAAUAUUGGGAGUUAUCACAACAACAAAAACAACAAUCAGUAUUAUUACAAAUUGAAGAAGCUGAAGAAAAUAUUAGAAUUGCUGCUGAAAGAGAACAAGAAGUUGGUCAUAUUGUACAAAGUAUAACAGAUUUAAAUUAUGUAUUUAAAGAUCUUGCAACAAUGGUACAUGAUCAAGGUACAAUACUUGAUAGAAUUGAUUAUAAUGUUGAACAAACACAGUGCCAAGUACAAGAAGGUUAUAAACAAUUAAAAAAAGCUGAAACAUACCAAAGAGCUAAUCGUAAAAUGUAUUGUAUUAUGAUACUUGCUAUGAUGAUUAUACUUUUAUGCUUUCUUAUUGUUGUAUUUAAAACUUAAUUAACUUAUACAUUGUUAAUUUAAUUGUAUACAAUUUUUAUUUAUUUAACAGUAUAAU